AUGACUGGUACUAAGGAUACUAAGGGUACAGGUACUAAGGCUAAUACUACUAAAGCUAAUGGUACUAAGGUUAAUAUUCCUAAGGCUAAUAAUGCUAAGGCCAAUUUGAAGGUAAAAACAAUUGGUAAUAUAUUUGAUAAUAAAGAUACAAGAAUAAAUAAUGAAUUGGAGAAGAUUAGAAUAAAUGAUUUGAAAUUAGUAACAAGUAAAACGAAAUUUAAUAAAGAAUUAAUUAAAUUAAAAGAUGAUUCAAAACAUAAAGAUAAUCCUUUAAGAGGUCGACUUGUUGUUUGUAUCUUCACAUCAACUGCUAUCAUCUUCACAUUCUUUGCACAGAUGAUAUAUAAUAAAACAACAUUUGGUGGUAGAUGUAUAUCUAGAAUAUUAUAUAAAAAUGAGAGUAAUUUUAUACCUAUUGGACAUGGUGCUUGUGAAAAUAAUUUAUUAACUAAUGCUACUAAACGAGUAUUUAUGGGACCAUCAGAAGCUGAUAAAGGUUGGCCAAUAAUAAAAACAACAAAUAUUGAACGAGAAAUCAAAUGGUAUUUUCCAUUUGAAACUGAUUCCAAUACAUUUCAAAUCAAUUCUAUCUUCUCAUUUGGUGGUCUAGAAACUAAUUAUAUUCGUAAUUAUAAAGAAUAUUUUAGAUUAUUUUGGAGUAUGUUUAUGCAUAAAGGCGUAGCACAUUUAUUAAUAAAUUUAUUAUCACAAAUACAAAUAUUAUGGAUUAUUGAACCAGAUUGGGGUUUUAUUCGUACAUUUUUAUUAUAUUUUAUAAGUGGAUUGGGUAGUAGUAUAACAUCAGCAUCAUUAGAUCCUUGUUUUAUUACUAUAGGAUCAUCUGGUGCACUUUAUGGUCUAUAUGGUGGUUUAUUACCAUAUAUUAUUGUAUUGGGUAACAUUACCAUAUCCAAUUUUCUUGAUAAUUUUCCUCAUUAUUUCCAUUGUAAAAAUUUUUAUACAAUUAGACAAUUGGAUUAUAUAAUUAAAUUAAUUGGAAUAAUUGGAGUAUUAAUGGGAUUUACACAAAAUAUUGAUAAUUAUGCACAUCUUGGUGGAUGUAUAUUUGGAUUACUUUGGGGAUUUAGUACAAUUCGUAGUAUAUCAAUAUUUGAUGCAUGUCCACGGCCAACCAUCGACUUAGAUAUUACCCCUAAAAGGCGUUCUCUUAACCCCCCGAAGGGGUUCCCUAGUUAUAUCACUACUAGUUCCUUAGUUAUAUAUCCAUUAAAGGAGUUAAUUAUAUACUUAGUACUUAGUCCCCUCAGGGGGUACUGCUUGACCAAGCACCGUAAUGUAAUAAUAGAUUUGAAAGGAAAGAAUAUAAAGUUUAGUGAAGAAACUAGAAAUAAAUUUGAUUUUAUAUUUAAACGUAUGGAAAAAAAUGGUACAAGUGUUUUUAAAAAUAGAUUACGUGAAUGGAUUGUACGAAUUAUUUCAAUUACACUUUUGGUAUCUCCCGUUACGGUGCUUGUACACACCUACUUAGAUAUUGCCCCCAAAGGGGCUCCCAUAUUCCCCGAAGGGGCCUUCUAUAUAUUGAUAAUAAGUUUGGUAAUGACAUUAUUAUUAUUUGAAGAGAAAAUGUAUAGUAAAUUUAAGCCAUGGGGACAAAUGAAGUUUUCUGGAUUUGCAAAAUGUACUUGCUGUUAUAUUAAACCAGAAAAAUUACAACGACUUCAAUUACCAAUUAAUACUUUUUGGUGUUUUGAUGAUUCUGAUACUGCCAAUAAUUUAUGUCAACUUCAAAGUGGAUUAGAUGGAGGAGUAAUUAAUACAACUAAAGCUGCCGCACUACAUUUAUUAGGAUAUCUUACAUAA